AUGCAGGGAACGAUAUUUCCAUACAUGAAGCAAAACGCGAAAUGCAGCGGUUGCUCAAACAGAUUUAGAAGAAAGAAGAAAAUGAAGCUGAAGAAGAAAAAGAAGGUAGGAUUCGGAAAUAAUAUAUCCGGAGUAAAUGAAACGCAGAGCGAAAUCGAGAUGGUCUCCACGGUCUCCGGGGAGGAACGUGCUUCAAUUUAUAGCAUGUCCAAUGGGAUUCUUCCUGCUCUUGGUGCCGAAUCUACCGGCAAAUUAAAGCUUAAUAAUCUCAUCAUUUCACCCUUUAAUCCCCUCUACAGAAGCUGGGACAGAUUUCUUAUACUGCUGGUAUUUUACACAGCAUGGGUGUCCCCGUUUGAAUUUGGAGGCUUUCUAGCAUCCCCAAACUAUAUUCUGUCUAUAACAGAUAAUGUUGUGAAUGCAUUCUUCUUCUUUGAUGUCAUCUUAACCUUCUUUGUGGCUUACAUUGAUAAAGCUAAUUAUGUUCUGGUAGACGACUCAAGGAUGAUUGCAUGGAGGUAUUUAAGAACCUGGUUUAUCUUUGAUCUUAUUUCAACCAUCCCUUCCGAGUUUGCUCGAAGUGCUUUGCCUGAUCCCUUUGCACAGUAUGGCUACUUUAAUAUCCUUCGUUUGUGGCGUUUGCGACGAGUCAGUGCCAUGUUCUCCAGAUUGGAGAAAGAUAGAAGCUUGAGUUACUUCUGGAUUAGAUGUUUAAAGAUGAUAUGCGUAACCCUUUUUGCUAUUCAUUCUGCUGCUUGCAUCAUGUAUCUUAUUGCCAUUCAUCAUAAACCUAAAUCAAACACAUGGCUGGGGCUUCUCUAUGGUGAUAAGAUAAAUGACAAGAGCACGAUGCAGUACUAUGUGACAGCAAUGUACUGGUCUAUUACUACCCUUUCCACCACAGGCUACGGUGAUCUGCAUGCUACCAAUGCAUGGGAGAUGGCGUUUACCACCGUCUACAUGGUAUUCAACCUCGGAUUGUCAUCGUAUAUUAUUGGAAACAUGACCAACUUGGUAGUUCAUGGCACCAGCCGAACCAGGAAAUUUAGAGAUACCAUUCACGCUGCGUCGAGCUUUGCACAGAGGAACAAAAUCCCUCUUCGCCUGCAAGAUCAAAUGAUUGCGCACCUGUGUCUGAAGCAUAGAACCGACUCAGAAGGACUCCAGCAGCAAGAAAUUCUUGAAGUGCUUCCCAAGGCCAUUCGAUCCAGUAUUUCACACUUCCUGUUCUAUAAACUUGUUGAUAAAGUCUACAUUUUCAAUGGAGUAUCAAACGAUUUGCUCUUCCAACUGGUAGCAGAAAUGAAAGCUGAGUAUUUUCCACCCAGGGAAGAUGUGAUUCUGCAAAAUGAAGCACCAACAGACAUGUACAUCCUGGUGACCGGAUCAGUGGAUCUUAUCACACAAAGAAAUGGUGUAGAAACGAUUGUUAGAGAACUCAAGUCUGGUGAUGUCUUUGGCGAGACAGGCGUUCUUAGUUAUCGGCCACAACUGUUUACUGCUCGUACAACACGUUUGAGUCAGCUAUUAAGAUUGAGCCGUACUGUGUUUUUAAAUCUUAUCCAGGCUAACGUUGGAGACGGGACAAUAAUAAUGAACAACUGUCUUCAGCAUUUAAGCGAGCGAAACGAUCCAGUGAUGAACUCUAUUUUAGUAGAAGUACAGCAGAUGCUGACUGAAGGAAAAUCUGACUUGCCUCUUAGUUUGUUUUUUGGUGCAAUGAGAGAAGACGAUGUGCUGCUGCGUAAGCUACCAAAGCAGGGGAAGGACCCGAAUGAAGUGGACAGCACAGGGCGGACACCUCUACAUAUUGCAGCAUCCAAAGGAUCCAUGGAAUGCGUGGUAGUACUCCUGGAUUAUGGAGCAAAUCCUAACAGCAAAGAUUCUGAAGGAACUGUUCCGCUUUGGGAAUCAAUAUUGGGGGGGCAUGAAGCUGUGACAAAAGUACUUGUUCAUAAUGGGGCGACCAUAUCUUCUGGCGAUGUUGGGCAGUUUGCAAGCUUCGCUGUUAAACAAAAUAAUUUGGACUUGAUCAGGCAAAUAAUCCAGUACGGUGGAGACGUUACAUUGUUGAGCAGCACAGGGACUACAGCGCUUCACACAGCCAUUUCUGACGAAAACACUGAAGCUGUCAAGUUCCUGCUGGAGCAAGGAGCAGAUAUCGACAAGGCAGAUCAGCAUGGAUGGACUGCAAGGGCCCUGGCUGAAUACCAGGGGCAUGAAGAGAUUAAAGGUCUUUUUCAAACUGAAGGUCAGGGCUGGAACAAAUCUGUUAAUGCAUAUUCUGGAAAGGAGGAUGUGCCUAAUGUAGCCAUGUAUCAAGGCUUGCCUACACUUCCUCCUAUCGAGGAUGGCGCCUCACCAGUAACAGGUGACCGUUGGAGGCGAAGGAACAACAAAUUUGAUAACUCCCUGUUUGGAAUCAUCUCAGCUGCACAGAAUGUCGGCAAAGUUGGGAAACAGCAAAUGCUAUCUUCAGUAGAAUUUGAAAGGCUGCAAGCUUUGAGCAAUGAAAAUGCGAGGGUCACAAUUCACUGCCCUGAAAAAUACCAAACUACUGCAGUGCUAGUAUUUCUUCCGGAGUCACUUGAAGAACUACUUGAAAUUGGUUCCCAGAAAUUUGGCUUCUCUCCUACGAAAAUUCUAACGAAAGACGGAGCUCUCAUCGAUAACAUUAAGCUAAUUAGAGAUGGGGAUCAUCUAAUGCUUUCUGGUGAUUAG